CUGCCGAUACACAGGAAACACACUGUGCCCGCUGCCAUAAAGAAGCGCCUUGCGUGCUGCUGAUAUUAAGUGGGAACAUGUUUUAGUGUCUUACCCGGGAGGAGAAGCGCUUUCGGUUUCAGUUUCGCUGCGAAAAGCUGAAGAUUUACCUGCGGCGCGGCCCUGCGCGGCUCCGUUUCCCUCCGGUCAGCUGACUUGAAAAGAGGGAGAGAGGAGGAGGAGGAAAAGAGGAAAAAAACGGAACGAAAAUAGACAUGGCGGCGGAGAUCCACUCGAGGCCUCAGAGCUCCAGACCCGUCCUGUUAAACAAGAUCGAGGGGCACCAGGAUGCGGUGAACGCCGCUCUGCUCAUACCGAAAGAAGACGGCGUGAUCACGGUCAGCGAGGACCGGACCAUCCGGGUCUGGCUGAAACGGGACAGUGGGCAGUACUGGCCCAGUAUCUACCACACCGUGUCCUCACCCUGUUCCUCUUUGGAAUAUCACCAUGAGAGCAAACGUGUCUUCGUGGGCCAGGACAACGGUGCUGUUGUGGAGUUUAGCAUCUCGGAGGAUUUUAACAAGAUGAACCAUGUGAAAACGUACCCAGCCCAUCAGAACCGCGUAUCGGCCAUCGUCUUCUCUCUGGAGAGCGACUGGGUAGUCACCGCUGGGCACGACAAGUACAUCAGCUGGAUGUGCACACGCAGUGGCGCCAUGUUGGGCCGGCACUGCUUCACAGCCUGGGCCUCCUGCCUACAAUAUGACAACGAAACUCAGCACACCUUUGUGGGCGACUAUGCCGGCCAGAUCACCCUGCUAAGGCUGGAGAGGCAGAAGUGCUCCGUCAUCACCACCCUGAAAGGCCAUGAGGGGAGCAUUGGCACUCUCUGGUGGGAUCCCGUGCAGAGGCUGCUGUUUUCCGGGGCCUCAGACCACAGCAUCAUCAUGUGGGACAUCGGGGGGCGGAAAGGCCACACGCUGCUCCUCCAGGGCCACCAUGAGCGCGUGCAGGCCCUUUGCUACCUGCAGCUGACACGGCAGCUCUUGUCCUGCUCUGCCGACGGGGGGAUGACCGUCUGGAACAUGGACACGCCCCGGGAGGAGGCCCCACAGUGGCAGGAUUGUGACUCCUGUCAAAAGUGUGAGCAGCCCUUCUUCUGGAACCUGAAGCAGAUGUGGGACACUAAAACCCUGGGGCUGCGGCAGCACCACUGCAGGAAGUGCGGGAAAGCUGUGUGCGGGAAGUGCAGCUCCAAGCGCUCCAGCUACCCCAUCAUGGGUUUUGAGUUCCAAGUGCGAGUCUGCGACCCUUGCUAUGAGUCCAUCCGAGACGAGGACCGGACUCCCCUGGCCACCUUCCACGAGGGGAAGCACAACAUUGCACACAUGGACAUGGAUCCGUCGCGGGGCCUGAUGGUGACUUGCGGUAGUGACCGUGUGGUCAAGAUCUGGGACAUGACUCAGGUGGUGGGGUGCAGCAUAGCCACAGGAUUCUCCCCGCGCUGAGUGAUGGCCCCCUCUCACCCCCUGCCCUGCCCACCCGCCCCAUCUACCUUCUGCUAGACCCGUCCAGCUGACAGACAUCCAUCUCGGAUCAGCCUCGGACAGUGACAUCUUCCUCACCUGCUCGCUCCCCCAUCAAACGCACUACAUUAACACUCACAAGUGACACGACACACCCACCAAACACGUGUGCGUCGAGUAUACAGGAGCUUCUCCAAGCAGGAUGGCCUGUGAUGCACCCAGUCCAAACAUGGCAGGAUCAGCCCCAGUUUAUGUGCUGUGAUCUUCCUGCAGCCGUUUUGACCUGACCUCCACCACCCUGCCUGUGCCCCCUCCCACUCAUACCACCUCCCAUCUAUCCCGCCCAUCCAACCGUGGAGCGUAAAUGUUUUGUUUUUUUUUAAACCCUUGCAAAUUUGAAGCACAAGUUAAUAGUUUUGUGGGGUUGGCUGGCUCAUGCUAAUGUGGAAAAACUGCGGAGCCAGUUAUAUGCCAGCCAGCUGAAGGGGGCGCUGUCGCGCUUGAUGGACGAGGUGUUCAGGGGCCUCGUAAAAGCACAUUUUGAAGGGGUGGGAGGGCAUGGGGGCAGUCACUGGGCACCCCCCAAUAAAACUGCAAAAGACCUUGUCUCUUACGUAUUCAGCCCUUGUAGUGACGAUGGUGAUACCAACUUCUGCUGGUCUCUCCUCCUCCCUGUCUGAGCUCCUGAGCUCCUUUAUCUCUGUGCAAAGCUUAUGAAUUCCUUCACUAGAUGGCCUUAAAGUUCUCUGUAACGCAUUGGUUGCCUCUGGGGAACCAGUCGCUCGUGCCGGAGGCUGAGGUGGCCGCGGAGAUGCCUGUCUGCACAGCUGUCCUCUCCCGGCUGAGUCUCGCUUUACUGUGUGACCGGAGUCAGUUCAGUGCUUUCUACUGGCAGUGAUUUGGGUAUAUUUAUAUACUGUUGAGAGAUUAAACAUUCAGCAUCUUCAGUGCUGAAUUUAUGGGGCUUUUAUUAGAUGUUUAUAGAUGUAGAGUAGAUUGAUUCACAGAGUAGAUAGAAAUCUAUCUCUGGGCGCAAAUGAAGUGAAAAUAAAACGCACUGUAGUAUCAACUGCAUUUUGAUAUCUUUACAUCUGCCUCAAAGCCUGUGGGUUUGUGUGCAAACUGAGCAGUGUGACAAAAAAGAAGCACUUCUGGUCAAGCAGGGUCUCGCAGAAAAGUGCUGAGGGCUCUAGGCAAACCGUUCCACUGGCCACAGACUGCAGGACCUCUAGUUUUCAGUGUUUCCACGGUUUAUGUUGUAUUUUAGCUGCCUUCAUCAAUCCCUGCAUGUAAUUGGUUGCUGUCGGUGUUCCCACGGUCUGUUAUGUUGUAUUUUAGCUGUCCUCAUCAAUGCCUGCAUGGAUUUCUCUGGGCCUGAAUAACAUGUAAGGGUUAUUUUUCCCAGUAUGGCACAGACUCGCACAGCUGACGGUUUUGUGAGCAAAUACUAAUUUUAAGAAUGUUUUGUUUUUGAUACUGCUUUUGCAGGUUUGCAGUAUUGUGUUGUUUGGGACCAUUUUAGUGGCACACUGUAAAAAAAAAAACUGCUAAUUUUGUGGUCGGAUCACUAAAAUGCUAUCUAAGUAUGAGUAUCCAUUUCUCCUGUAUGUUCCAGUAACUUCCGUGUAUAUGGAGCCCUGUAGCCUGUAUUUACUAUGGUAUAUUGAGUUGUCCCUACUGGGUGUUGAUACAGCUGGUAAAGUUGAAAGUUUGAUGACAAUCCUAGAGCAGCACCUGGAUAUGAGGCCCAUUAUAUACCAUUUCAGUCAAGUCCACUUUUACCAACAUUUCCGGUACUCUGUAAUUUUCCGAAAAACGAUGGCACUUUUGAAUAAUUCUCAUUUCUAUGUUGUUGGUGUAAAUUGCAAUGUCAUUGUCCACCAGUAGGUGUGCAGUUGUGCUGGAAAGGGGGCAGUGUGCUGUUUGGACUUGAUGCAUGUGCCAGUUGUUAGGUUCGAAAAUGUUGAGUUCAAAAUAAUCGCUAGUAAUUUCCUUCUCAUUUAAGCCACAGCUUGGUUGUAUAUGUGUUUACUAUCACUAUAUAGAGUAGUAAGUAAAAGAUAUUAUUUAAUUACAUGACACUGUGUUGUUGUUUUACAUUUGGAGUUAACCCACCACCCCCAUAACUGCCUUUAAUGGCCACUUCACCUCAACCCCCCCACGAAGGAUGGUGCAGUUGGGGCUGCUUCCGGGGACCGUCACCUUGUAACGUACCAGCUGUGACAUACGUUGUGAAUCGGCAGCUGCUGCAUCCUGCACACCAGCCCUUGUAGUUAUCAUACUGUUGUGUCUAGCCGGUAUUUUUAAAGUGGACAAACCUGCCAGUUUGUGUUGAAGCCCUGCAGUGAAAGGAUGGUGUGGAUUCUGGAAGCUCAAUAAAGUUAUACUUAUUAAAA